AAAACAUAAAACUUUUUAGUUUUUGAAAUGAAGAAGUUCCUCUUGAUUUUGCUCAUCUCCAUUCUACUCAUACAGGAAUUCAUGGAGGUAGAAUCAGUCAUCAGUGGAUCUUCGACUUCGAAUUCGAAUUCUCUUUCUGAUCAAGAGGAUGCGACCAGUCAUAUCAAUGAAGAUAUAGAUAUAGAUUCAAAACGACGUGAUUGCGUUAAAAAGUGCAAAAAGAAAUGUCGGAAUAAGUCGGAGGGGAGAAGAAAGUGCCGUCGAGCUUGCCGGAAAUGCUGCAAGAGAAAUAAGAAGUGUUAAAAAAAUACACUCUGAUUGUGCGAGGAGUUUGUGGGAUUAAUGUUCAUGUGCUGGAAUAAAUUUGCAUGAAAAUUGACAUUAAUAAUGUUUUAGUGAUAUGGUCAUAAUCGUCAUUGUAAUGUCAUCAAUACGGACAAUAUGUUAUGCAUUGAACCCAAUAUAUGAAUAUGAAUACUAUUCUUUUAGUGA